AUGUUUAGCUUCCUUGGCUUGACGGGAUGGUCCAAGACCCCGGAGGACGGCAAGCCGGCACCCGUCCGUGGCCUCCCGGCCAGCUGGUAUCGAUCCCCUGAGCUGUACCAGCUCGAGCGCCGGGCCAUCUUCUCGCGGAAAUGGAUUCUGGUGACGCACAAGCUGCGCUUCUCCGAGGCCGGGCAGUACCUGUCGCUCAACUACGCGGGCUUCCCCAUCUUCCUGGUCAUGGACCGCGACGGCAACGUCAACGCCUUCCACAACGCCUGCCGCCACCGCGCCUACCCCAUCGUUCAUAAGCCUAGCGGGAAGGCCACCGUUCUGAGCUGCAAGUACCACGGCUGGUCCUACGGGCACAAGGGAAACCUGGCCAAGGCACCGCGCUUCGACACGGUGAAGGGCUUCGACAAGUCCCAGCACGGCCUGCUCCCCAUCCACGUCCACGUCGACAAGGUCGGCUUCAUCUGGAUCAACCUCGACGUUUCCGGGCCCGACGGCAAGCCCGAGACGUCGUGGGAGGUCGAGUUCUCCAAGGUCGACGAGCAGCCCCGCAUGACCCAGUUCGACUACGACAAGGCCUUCUCCUACAGCCACGUCUGGGACAUGGAGAUCGAUGCCAACUGGAAGUCUGUCAUGGAGAACUACAACGAGUGCUACCACUGUCCUACCUCGCACCCUCUCAUCGCCGGGGUGUCUGAUAUUCCCAAGUAUCGUGUUGAGCCCAAUGGGAGCUGUCUCGAGCACACCAUUGUUAACAAGAGUGCCGAGACCGAGAGGGACGACAUGCGUCGGUGCAUCACCUUUUUCUUCCCUUCUACCUCUGUCACGGUCACUCAGAAAUUCUUUUACAUUCAGCGCAUGAUCCCGCUUUCCGAGAACAAGACCAGGGUCGAGAACGAAGUAUACCGCCACUUCAGCGCCACCGACGAGGAGUUUGCCGCUGUCAACGCCUUCUACAAGCAGGUCCUGGAGGAGGACAAGGAGCUGUGCGAUGGAUCACAGAUCAACCUCGAAGCUGGAGUCUUCACCAACGGGGAACUGCACCCUGACAAGGAAAAGGGCCCCAUUUACUUUCAAGAUACCGUGCGGACAGAAGUCAUGAGGCAUCGCGAGAGGGAACUCGAGCAGGGCGGUGUGCUCAUUUGGCCUGCCACCCCCCGUAUCCAGGGCGAGAUGGACACUGAAAAACUGUCUGAGGAGGAGCAGUUCUGCUCACAGCUCCAGGCCGAGGCUUGCACUGCCCGAGCUGAGCUCGCC